AUGGUUACCAAGAGGAACUAUAAAGUGAUUAUCCUUUCCUCUGUCUCAGCCCUUCAGUCUCGGCCCUUCAGUCUCGGCCCUUCAGUCUCGGCCCUUCAGUCUCGGCCCUUCAGUCUCGGCCCUUCAGUCUCGGCCCUUCAGUCUCGGUCCUUCAGUCUCGGCCCUUCAGUCUCGGCCCUUCAGUCUCGGCCCUUCAGUCUCGGCCCUUCAGUCUCGGCCCUUCAGUCUCGGCCCUUCAGUCUCGGCCCUUCAGUCUCGGCCCUUCAGUCUCGGCCCUUCAGUCUCGGCCCUUCAGUCUCGGCCCUUCAGUCUCGGCCCUUCAGUCUCGGCCCUUCAGUCUCGGCCCUUCAGUCUUGUGUGCGUCAUAGUUUGAGAUAA